GCAUGUAGUCUAAUUCAUUAUAAGCACAAUCGUGAACUACAUAAAUAUUUCAGCCAUUGGCCUCAAGCAACAGGAAUUCCUGCUGAUGAAAAUUUGGAACUUUUUUAAAGCAAAUGAACAGUUGGACCUAUUACUGCUCCUUCUCCUUCCAUCAUCGUCGCAUUGAUAUUUAUAGUGAUUUCCCCCUUUUUUUUUUUGCCUUGGAUGAUGCAUACAGGAUAUAAGUAUGUAUCUAGGGGCAGCGCCAAUAGUGGAGUGUCUUGAGAAGUACAACCCUAAUGUUGUCAUCACUUCUCGGGUUGCUGAUGCUGCCUUAUUUCUAGCUCCAAUGGUUUAUGAACUAGGUUGGAACUGGGAUUCAUUCCUGCUGCUAGCCCAAGGCUCUUUGGCUGGACACCUGCUAGAAUGUGGCUGUCAACUCACUGGAGGAUAUUUUAUGCAUCCAGGAGACAAAUAUAGAGACAUCCCUUAUGCAAAUCUGCUAGAUCUUUCUCUUCCAUUUGCUGAAAUUACUUGUCAUGGGGAAGUGUGUGUGGCAAAGGCCGAUGGGAAUGGUGGGGUGUUAAACUUCAGUACUUGUGCUGAACAACUUCUUUAUGAGGUUGGGGAUCCAGGUGCUUAUAUUACCCCAGAUGUGGUGAUAGAUUUCCAAGAUGUUUCAUUUCAGUCAUUAUCAACCAAUAAAAUUCUCUGUGCUGGAGCAAAACCAGCUGCAGCAUCUGUACCUGAUAAUCUUCUAGCACUAGCUUCAAAGGUAUUUAGCAAUAUGAUUUUACACGGGUUCACUUUUCACAAGCCGAGGGUCUUCACGGAAACCUCGGGGUAGAGGUAAGGUCUGUGUAUACGGUACAUCCUACCAUUCCCAUACCCUACCUCUGUGUGGGAUAUACCGAGUUUGGUUUGGUUUGGUUUUUAAAUACAUGAGUUCACUUAGGGUGCAUUUGGUAUCCAG